AAGUACAGCCGCGUUUAUAUAUACGACACAAACGAUUUUUAUAUACAUCAUGGUUUCUUCGUUCCAAGUGGGAAACAAAUCGUGGAAGUCAGCUGUCAACUUAAGCUUCAUGGCAAUGAUGAUUUUUGCUAUGGAUUCUCCUGCCUCAUCUAUGGACGUGACGGUGCCCUCCAAGGUCAUCGCACUCAACGGCACCACUGCCAGAUUACCCUGUACCUUUACCUCCUGCUACAAGAUUGAUAUCAAUAGGUUUGCCAUGAACUGGACCUACAAGGAAACUCUCAACGACACAGAGGAGAUAUUUAUGACAUUUAAACACCGGGUGACUGUCAUACGGACGGAGCGGUUCGACGACAGGGUGGUGUUUGCCGGGAAACUGGAGAAGAAUGAUCUGUCCAUCACCAUCUCUGACGUCCAGCUGUCCGACAGUGGGAUCUACAAGUGUUAUGUGCGAAACCCCCCAGACCGGCAGCUGGGCAAUGCUUCGAUUUUUCUGGAUGUCCUCACAGAGUUGCCCCCGCCUCGGGACUCCACCAUCGCAGUAGUCGUGGGGGCCUCAGUGGGAGGAAUUCUGGCGGUGCUCAUCCUGUCCAUGGUGAUCAUCAAGUGCGUCCGUCGCCGGAGGAAACAAGAGCUCAUCUCCGACGAGCAGAAGAUGGAAGAGGAAGGGAAGACGGAUGCGGAGGGAGGCACCGAGGAGGGUACCAAGCAGCUAUAACCGGCCAGCACCGUCCUGGGAAGGCCGAAAGUUUGGUGAAGGCCCUCUUCCCCCCCCCCCUUGCUGGUAAAGAGAUCUAUGCCUGGUGAUUUCUUUUGUAGUCCUGUGACUAUCUAACCCCACCCCUCCCCCGACACAAAAUAACAAAAUAACCAGCCCGGUUGUCUACCUACUGUGCUCUCUGCUGGUUUUUCUGCCUCUUGCUCUGACUCGGGGUGGGGGAGCAGUGAAUCCCUGCGAGACAUAUUGUUGGCAGAGGAGCCCUAGCCCAUGGCAUUGCAGACAUUCCCAGAUAGAGCUGUGUGCUACUCUUGUAACUCAACAAGUAAAGCAUUGUGCUAACAAUGCAAAGGACAUGGGUUCACAUAACCAGGGAGUGGGCUGGAAUUUGCAUCCUUCCCUCUGCUGUAAGUGAUUUUGGAUGAAAGCGUGAGAUGUAGAGCUGAAUCUCACUGCGCCAUAAUGUGAAGUGUGUAAACGUAACACAAGAGGCAUUACACCUCUUAGUAUCUGUACCCGGCCAAGCUGGCAAAUCGAGGUUGUUGUCGCCGUUUUGCCGGUGCAAUGUUACGCCAUUGCUGCAACUUCGUUGCAUGACCAAAAUGCAGGAACAUUGUGCCUCACCGGUGGACCUCGUCGCAGGUUCUGCCCAUCCUCAGAACAAUGUUCGUGCAGCUAUGAGGCAGUGCUUGUGGUUGUGAGUGGGGGAGGGGGGGCAGUGCUGCUGGCCUAGCUGUUGGGUAGCAUUUUGUCACUGUCAGUGCUUGUUUUUGUGCGAUUGUGUAGUUUGUUUGUGUGAUGAGCCGUUCCUCAGCCCCCCCCUCCUAAAGACCCUUGGGCGUUGUCUGAGUAUGACGACUUUUUUACCGUCUUUGUGAGCGUUACGUCCUUCUUCCCUCCAGCUACCAUGGACAUUGGAGCCGUUAUCCUGACAGGUGGCCCCGGAAAACAGUGCCAAAAGCUUUGGGUGUGCUUGUUACUCCACAACACUUAGUGUAACGAGGGAAUACAGGUGCAAACGAUCGAUGUGGCGCCUUGCUUUAGAGUGAAGCACUGACCAUAGCAGAAAAGCUUCGAGAAUAGCUACUGGGUCCAGUAUCAACAGAUUCAUGCCAAGACGGGUUCAGACCAUUACAAAGAUUUCAACUGAUUAUCUUAUUUCGAGCAAAAUAUCAACUGCAAGUAUCACUAUUAUUUUAUGCCAAAAUUGUCCAGGGAUCACAUAAGUCAAUUAAAUAAAUUAUGUGAGGUGUCACCAGCAGGCACAAAUGGUUUCCAUUGUUCACCUUCUACCCUGUGAAUGUUCGUCAGUGUAAUUUCUGUUUUAAUCUUCAUGUUUUUUUCUGUCCAAGGAGAUGGUAUAAUCCUGUAUGUAGUAUCUUGCCUAGUUUCCGACUGGCAGCAUGGAGACGGUCUCUGUCGGUGUCGUGUGUGUUUUUCUGCCCUCCUUGGCAUGCAUUUUGCACUCUUUCUAUUCUGUUCUUUCUGAGACUGAGGACGUACGUCUUCAGUGCCGGCUUUGGCACUUAACUGCUCUUUAUUCUCUUCUCGUCUUCCAGACAUGCCUACUCUCUGCCCGAAGACGUCUACUGAAUUUUGCUCAAACGGCCAUCGCGCGACCCUCAUGCCCCACCUUUCCAGCUGCCCCCCUACUCCCCCCCCCAUCCAUCACCAUCUUUCACCAUCCUCACCUUCCUGUCUCGCUUGGAGGCCACGGACAAUAGAAGACGACCAAUUAGCAAACCCUUCUCCCUAAGUCGCCCUGCUGAUCCUUCUUCCAGCGGGAAUUUUAGCAUAGUCAGGUCACUACUUAUUCAUUAUUCAUUUUCUUGACACUGUCGUUUUUUUCUGGGCUAUUUUUUUUUCUCUUCCCACUUUUAUGCUCGUUGAUUUUUGUUCCUCUUACUAUCUGCCUUAGCUUGUUUUUGUUGCUGUUCCCCUGAGCUCUUUGCGUAGAAGUUACUUACUGUAUGUCUCAGAGCGAUAUUCCUCGCAGAGCUUAAGUAAACUCUAUGCUUGUGUUCCGCGGCCACCGAGUAAAUGGACACUGCACAGUGAAAGGCCAAAUGAACAGGGGCGAUUUUUAAAGCAAACCUCUCCCCCUUCGUUCUAGAUAGUUAUCUGUUUAAACUUGUUUUAUCUACUGACCAUAUCGAGAUGUAACUAAGGAAAUCUCUUUUGCCGACUGCCUGAUUCUGCGUGUCCGCACACCUCACGACACGCCGCGUUUCACGACAGCGGCAAGCCUUGCGUCCAGACUCUGGUCCCACCGUCGUUUGGAUGCGUGUUGACGUGAAUUUGGACCCAUUUGCACUUCUGAGUAAAGGCUGAUUUAUACUUCAGCGUAGAAUCUAUACUGUAGCCUGACUCCCCGAAAAUGUAACGUAACUACAGGGUCUCCCAAUCCGGUCCCCUGGGACUCGCAGUCGGUCCAUGAUUUUACUCCCUCUGAGCUCCCUGCCAGACAGUCCACAUCCCCAGGACUGGAUUGGGAAAGACCGGGCUACGGCAUAAGCGAAAGCAGUCUUUCUAAUAUUUCUCCUGCCAUGGCAUACCUGCCAAAAGGCAGCGUCUUUCUGCCGAUGCCGGUUGAAAAAUCUCUGGGCUACUGUGUAGGGCUACGUAGCUACCUACAGUGUUGAUUACACGCAGAAAUAUAAUUCAGCCUAAAGGCAGUAAUGUCCACAAGCAUGUGGUCCUGUGGGCGAACAGGAUAUUGUGCUGUGUCUACGGAUCUGACCACUGAAGAUCUUUAGCAUCGUCGCGUGUCUGUGAUCUUCUCUGAAUGUGUGAAGCAUAUUACCCUGAAAAUAACGGGGGGUGGAUCCCCUUUGUUCCAAACCCAGGGAUAUCCUGUGUUAUCUCUAUUGCUUGCUCACACAUAUACCUGUACAUUAGCUUUAUAGCCACUGUAACCCGCUUCAGCAUGUGGAGUUUUUGUUUUUUUGAUGCAUCUAGUAAAAUGCAUGGUGCUCUCUAGUUUGGUUCAUCAUAUUACCGGAGCUGUACUUGAAAAUAGGCAACAUAACCGAUUUCCCAGAGAGCCCAUCUUUUCCGCAGGUCGUGGCUCUGCCCAGGUCUGCAGUAACCCAUUGCUGUUUUGGCUGUGGUGGCUUCCAUCAUUCCUGUACAGCUCUCAAGGUUUAAGUAGCUCAGAUUGAGGUCAGGCCCACAGCUGAAGCAAAAACUCCUUGCUGAACCUCCUCCCUACAGACACCUGCUCAGAUACACUCACUUGCCAUAACCCACAGACACACACACAUACACAGACUCAGAAACAUUUGUAAAUAUAUCUUUGUGGGGACUCUUCAUGCAUUUCUAUGGGGAAAACCCUAAUCCCAACAUGACGCCCUCAACCCCUACCCAGCCCUAUCCUUAACCGCGAGUAACCAAACUAAAUACGAGACUUUUUGCAUUUUUAAAUUUUUUGAUUACAUUCACAGAUCUUUGUGGAACCCUGAAAAAUGGUCCCCACAAUGUAAUAUAAACCUAAUCCACACAUACAGACACACACACUCACUCACACUCACUCACACACAUACACACACACACACACACACUCCUAGCACUGCCCCUCAAAGUCUUAACUGAAUACAAUAAAAACUUAAAUAUAUAAAGACAAAUUCUUAAUUCCAAUACAUUCAGGGAAAAGAACAUUGUAACAAGUUCAACUAUAAAUUUAGAAGUACAAUUUAUAAAUCUAUAUAUUUUUACUUUUUAACCAAAAAGAGAAUGAAUAUUAUACAGUUUAUCCGAGUUACUGCCAUUUAUUACUGCACUCUCUGUCUUAACUGCAGUUUUUCAAAUGUCUGGGACUUUUGUCUGCUGUACAUGUUGUCUGUGGUACUUUUAUACAGCGACUGCAGAGAAUCCAGGGUUGCAGGAGUGCCUGAGAGUUGUGAUACUGGACAUAUCUGAACCAAGCCAUGACUUUGGCCUGUAAAUAGCAACUGACUACGAAGGAAUUCUAUCAGGUCGAAUUGUACAGUGUUACGUGACCAAUUCUGACCUUGCACUAAGCAAAACUGUGUUUUUUUGUUAUGUAAUGAUCUGCACUCUCAGUUUGUUUUUAGAGAGAACUGCCAGUCUGUGGUGACCUGACACCAUCUCAUAUACUGGGAUUGUGCCAACUCUGGUUUUCUGCCAUUACAGUCAGGACUCGUCAUUUUGUAAGAAAUGCGAUUACGCUGUUAAACCAUUCAUGGUAGGACCAGCAAGCAAACGCAACUUUAGUUGAGUAUUCUGUGUUCUGACAAACAAUCUACGCUUAGAAUAGCCACAUGUUAAAUGACAAGGUUGUUAGCGUAUGUUUUUAUAAUGCCAAAAGAAAAGCACACUGCAUCCUGCAUUACCUGAGGAAAAUAAAAACAGUUUUCUAUUAGUUCUGUAAGAUAAAGUGGUUUUUGGGAGGCUUUUGGGAAACUUAAAGUAAAAAGUAAACAGUUAAAGUACACAGAAUUUUAGCAUCUGGCUACAUGAAGGGAUCUGCGAGUCACCUUUGUGCAGGAGUCCUAAUUGAAAUUAGGGAUGCAUUCCCUGACGGACAGCUGUCUCUGAACUUUCUGCUUCUCAUGCUCCGUUCUUUCCUUUGAAACAAGCUGCUUUCACAUCUUUGCCAAAACUGUAUCGUCAGACUCAGUUUUUCCACUUGAGCUGUUUUCAUUGUUAUAUGUGAAAUAUUAUCUGCUUUUGUUGUUGUCUUUCCAUUCUCUUUCAUGUGUGUUUUGACGUUAAUACCGCUGUUGCUGCUUUUGGAUGUAGUAUUUGCGCACAUCGGAGGACAGGAGCUCUGUCUGUGACUGACUGUUUCUUGAGUAAUUUAAUUUAACUCAAGCUUGCUUUACGAUUCUGGGUGGCCACUAAUCAGAGGAUUACGGUAUUUAAUUAGCGAUGUAACUUUCACUGAAUUUACUGCAGGGGGUGGAGUUGGAAUCAUUCAUAACUACAGAUUUACAAGUCUGCAUUUUUAACGAUCUGUCAGUCUUUUGUUUACUGCUGAAACAUCACUGUGCAGCUUAUUCGUUCCAAUACAGUAAUUGGCUGUGUUCUUUUUUACUGUAUUUGCAAACUAUCCCACAAUUAGUUGAGUAUACUUCGCCUACACACACCACACGGAUUCUGAUAUAAGCUGUUUCACUGAUUAACGCUGCAGGACGUGACAGAAUGUAUAUACCCUGAGAGACCCAUACUGUAAAUGCAUCUUCAGAUUGAUGUGGCCAAAAUUGUUAUUUCAUAUACUUUGGAUUCUCAUGAACAUCGCCAUAUUAUUUAUCCUAAACAAAGUCAAGACACAGGGGCAUGUUUCUGAUGUUAAAGACGGGAAUUGUCUGCAGUGAGCAGUGAUCCAGCACCUCCGAACCCAUUAUUCAGCUGCUAGGCCAAGUAGGACCACAUCACCUUGUAGAUCCUCUCUGUUUGUGUCCAGCGGGCAGUGAGCUGCGUUCUGUCCGCUGGCUUCUGGGUUCCUGUGUCCUCCUUGUUAGGAUGCUAUACCCUGUAACGUGGAUAUGACUAUUGGGGUAACUAUCGUUGCCCAUUCGAACUCGGUCAAUGGGCACUUAAAUAGAAAAAGCAUAUGUGCGUACAUGUAGCUCGCUUACUGUGUAUGAAAAGCCAGUUAUAUUUCCAAGCAUAUUCUUAAAUUACAUGUUUAAAUAUUUUCUGUUUUGCUGAGUUUCUUAGUUGUGCAGCUGUUCUUAGGUUUCUUGAAUUUUGCACUGGGAGCCCAACUGAAAAUUGAAUUGAAGUCAGAAGCAUUUCUCACCGCAGUUACAGUGAAGUAAACUGUAAUAAUGAGAAAUCUGAAGUGAAAUAUAUUGUGAUCCAGUUUAGCGACUGUGCUUCUCAAAUUGGAUCUUCUUUAGAUUGUACAGGACACAAAAGAAAAAUGAUGUAUUGGUUUUGUCUGGUGCAUAUCAAAGACUGCCUGCCUUGAUUUUAUUGAUCUCCAUGUACAGUAAGAACAGGAUGGUGAAUGAUACUGGACUUUGAUUUGGGGAAAAAAAAACAGUCGCACCAAACCAAACUGAUGGCUUUAGUACUGCAGUGAGUGCUGAGCCAGUUAGAAACCUGGGUCCUAUGUCUGCUUGUCUGUCUAUAACCAUGCAUGCUACUUUUGCACUGUUAUCCUGAGUGGAAUAAUCAAUCCUCUUAUGGAAAAAAAAAAUGCCAAAAUGCUCGUGCUGCAUCCUGUAUAACUAAAAAUGCACUGUAAUCACACAUAUUUUGAAAUAAACUUGAUUAAAAAAAACAAA